AUGUUGCUCAAGUCAGCUGUGCUCGUCUGCCUGCUCGCCGAGCUUGGUCUCGCGCGCCAGGUCAGGCGCCAGGACAACGUCGCCCCGUCGCCCAUCCUGUCCAGCAUCAACAUCCCGCCUCCUCUGUCGACGGGCACCGGUGCCGUCGCCCCCAUUUCGGGCGGCCCGACGGGCAUCUUCCUGAACACCUCGGUCCCCGCCACCGCACCCCAGCUGUCCACCGUGACCGAGGUCGCUACCAUCACUUCCACUCUGUCGAACAACGUCACCACCACCGAGGUCAUCACAACAGAGCGCACCGUCACCGCCUCUGCCGCCCCGGUUAUCCAACAGCCCCAGAUCAUCAUCAUCUCCCAGGUCACCUUCUUCACCUUCAUCUCCGCUCUCGGCGGUGCGCCCCCCGCUGUCCAGCAGGGUGACCAGGGUGGCUUCGUCGUCGGCGGUCAGCAGUUUGGCCAGUUCCAAUCCGCUUGCAACGCCGCAUGUGGCAUGCAGUUUACCCAGUGCCAGAGCAUCGCCGGACAGAACUUCCAGAUUUCUCAGUGCCAGACCCAGCUCAUCGCCUGCCAGAACGCUGCAAAGACUGCCACCGUCACCGUCUCUGUACCCACGACCGUUACCCAGACUGUUCUCCUGCCCAACGGCCCCAUCUCUGGCGACGCUGGCGGUGUUCCUUCCGGCAUCGCCGAGGAGGGCGGCUCUGUCAUCACAACCACGACCCUCCCCCCUGACGCUGGCGCCACUGUCGGAACCGGAGGUGUCUCCUUCAUCACUGUCACGGCUACCCCUGGAGCUCCUCCUUCCCAAACUGCCGUCCCUGAGACCGAUGUCCUAACCACCACCCUUCCUGCCAACCCAGACCAGCCUGAAGCGACACCUGUGGUGUCCGUCAUCACUGUCACUCGCCAGCCUGGCUCUGAGCCUUCGCAGCCCGUUGAGGGCGGCGCUUCUGGGCAGGGCGGAUCCGUCGUCACCUCUGCUGUUGUCUCGACCCUUCCUCCUCAAAGCGAGGGUGGCCAGCCCAUCGUCAGCACCGUCUACGUCACUGCCACCGUCUCGGGCGGCGUCCCCGCUGCUUCCGAGGUCGUCAGCUCCGCCGAUGCCGUCGCCAGCAGCUCUGCUGUUGUAACCACUCUUCCUGCCCAGUCCGAAGGAGGUGAGCCCGUUGUCAGCACCGUUUUUGUCUCUGUUCCUCCCGCAGCCCCCACCGACGAGCCCGGCGCUUCUGAGCAAGGCUCCGUCGUGACCUCCGCCAUUGAGACCACCCUCCCGGCCCAGAGUGAGGGCGGCUCGGCUAUUGUCAGCACUGUCUACGUUACCGCCACCGUUCCCGCCGGCGGUCCCGUUCCCUCGGAGGUUGUCUCCCGCCCCGCUCAGCAACCCCCCAACCCCAACGAGCCCAAGACCUCCGUCAUUACCAUGACCCUGGCCCCUCCCUCCGGCACUCCCGUCUACUCUCUCGUCACCAUCACCAUCCAGCCCACAGCCGGUCCCUCUGGCACCGCUCCCGUCCAGACUGAGCUUUCCACCUCGGCAUUGACCUCCACAAUCCCGGCCGAGGGAACCACUCCUCCUCGCGUGACCACCGUCUACAUCACGGCCCAGCCCCCCGCACCCACCUCCGCUCCUCCUCCCCGCGUCAUCACCGUCACCGUCGGCUCCCUCACCGGCGUGGUGACCGUCUCCGACGCCCAGAGCACCGCCUCCGCCACGACCGUUGCCUCGGCCCUCCCCAGCGCCGUCACCGGCGGCGGCAACGGGGGUAACGGAGGCAGCGGGGGCAAUGGCGGCGGCGUCGGCCAGGAGGGAAGCGGAAGCUGCCCCUCCGCCGUCACCGUCACUGAGACAGUCUCCGCGUGCCCCACUGCGCCUGUUACCUCCGUCCUGACCCAGACCGUCUCGGUCGUCCCGACGGCCGCUGCCGCGGCCAAGCGCGCCGAGAAGCCCGCUGCCGCCGACGAGGUUAAGCGUGACGCUGUCCGUCACCCCCGCCGCCACGGCCACGCCUUCGGCCUCUGGUGA